AUGCACUGUUGUCUGCUUCCAACAAUCAGUCAUUGGACGCUUGCAAUUCAAAAUGUCAACGUUUGUUCACAGCUUUUGUUCAAGGCACGUUUUGUGUGUAGAUCACAAGGAAUACAAAACUAUAUUUGAAUUGAAAGGAUUCCUUACUAGCAAAACAGGUCUUUCUACAACCUCAUGUUUUCUUGUUUGCAAUGGAUGCUUAGUAAGUGAUGACGAUCCAGUCAAAGAAAAUGUUGUUUAUCACACAUAUCUUCGGAUACCAGGAGGAAAAGGAGGGUUUGGAUCGAUGUUACGAGCUAUCGGUGCUCAAAUAGAGAAGACAACUAACAGAGAGGCAUGUAGAGAUCUCAGUGGCCGCAGAAUGAGAGACGUCAACAAUGAAAAAGAUCUGAAGGAGUGGUUGGCCAAGCAAUCAGAUCGUGAGAAGGAGCGGGAACGUCGUCGGGAGGAGCGCAUGGCCAGAAGACGAGCGAUGCCCAACCACAAGUUUGAAGACCCAACAUAUGACCAGCAGCGGGCUCUGCUGGCAGAGAACCAGGAGGAUGCCCUACAACAAGGCCUGAAGAAGUUUGUACCGCAGCCUGGAACAUCUUCAUCAUCAGACGGGGACCAGGAGCAGGGAACCAAGAGAAAGUCAGAGACUCAGGGGCCCAGCACCAGUGGGAAGAAGAAGGCCACGGAAUGGCUUGGUUUUGAUAUGGAUAGUAGUGAUAUGGACAGUGAUGAAGACUCGGAUACUAAAGAUUCAAAAGGGGAGGCCACUCCAGGUUCAAAGAAGUCUGCAAAGGAAACAUUGAACCAGUCCACGGAAGAAAAGCAUUCUUCAACAAAUACAGACACAUGUUCUAAACCCGAACAGAGUGAAAAUAGCUCAAAAGGUCUAGAUGCUGAAAAGAGCCAUGAAGUGUCUGAAGAGAAGGCAGAGGAAUGUGUCGUUAGCCUGGAGGAGGCAACAUGUGCAGGAGACCUGGAAGCCUGGGGACUCGACCGUCUUAAACAGGAGUUGGCUGAUCGUAGUCUGAAGUGUGGGGGCACACUGGAACAGCGAGCUCAGAGGCUUUUUUCAGUGCGAGGCCUUGCACAUGAUCAGAUAGAACCAUCACUGUUUGCCAAAUCUGCUGGUGGAAAGAAAGUGAAAAACAAACAAUGAUGAGGCAUACAAGAUAAUUUAAAUGUUUUCAUUCAAAACUGUGAACAUAAAGGAAGUCAUGGUGGAAUGAAUUCUUUGAGAACAAUAAAUUCAAAGUUUGUCCACAUUAUUGGAAAUGAAAAUGCACAUUGAUUUUCUGUACAGUUUAAAUGCCAUAUAAUUAAAAUCAAUAAGGUAGUUUGUUUAAAAUGUAUUUUUAGCUCAACUAGCCAAAGGCCAGAAGAGCUUAUGCAAAGUAAUGUGUACGGCGUAUGUGCGUCCAUGCGUCAGUGUGUCUGUAAACAAUUGCUUGUGCACCUAUACAGUCUUCAGUUUUGAUUGUAUUUGGACGAAACUUGUACAGUAUUUAGAUAUCCAUCAGAGCUUGGUUCCUUUUGAAAACCAAAGUCAAGUCUACAUGAGCGAUGUCUAUUUUUAGCCAAGGUUAACAUGUAAAUUCAAGUCUAGGAUUAAAGGGAGACAACUUGCUUUUUGGUUCUGCAGUUGAUUUUGUGAAUUACUCUCCCUUGUUCUUGUUAAAAGCCCAAAAGCCAUUUUUUAGCUCUAUUGGACAAAGUGUCUGUCGUUCCCGCAUCCAUCUAAACACAAUUGGUUGUGAAUAUUUGUUCAAAUUAUGCCUCUGACGUCAUUACUGGCCACGCCCCAGGGUUCACAGGUUUGGUAUACUUAAAUUGGGAAAUGUUUGAAAAUCUUUUUGUGUGAACCAGCUAUGCAGACCCUUGCUAUUUUGAAAGCAUAAUUUAGCAGUCCGCUACCAUGGUUGUUCAAAUUAUGCCCCUGGGGUCAAAACUGGCACUGCCCCGGGGGUCACAAGUUUCCUAGAGACUUAUUUAAGAAAUAUUUUCAAAAUCAUCUGUUUCAAACCACAAGGCGCAUACUUUUGAUAUUUGUUGUUUAGCAUCAUAUGAUGGCUUUCUAGCAAAACAGUUGAAAUUAUGCCCCUGGGGCCAAAGCUGGCCCCACCCCUUUUGACCUACUUUUAUAUUUUUAAAGCUACAGCAAUGAAAUUUGGACCAUAGGUACAGUUUUGCAAACGAGCAUCAAUGUUGUCCUCGGAUGACCUUGACCUUUUGACAAACUUUUUUAUUUUUAAAGCUACAGAAAUGAAAUUUUGACCAUGAAUACAGUUUUGAAAGCAAAUAUUAUUAUUUUUGUCAGAUGACCUUUACUUGGCACAUAUUAAAAUAGUUAAUGCAACUCAUCUGCUUACAACACUUUCUGUCCUAAGAUGUUGAAUGUGCAACGUUUUCAGCUAACCCAAACACAAAACGUGAACUAUAUGUUUGUUGCCUAUUACCCAUACAUACAUGCUCUGGAUUGCAAAUCACCACAAGAGCCAUGCCAGUAGAGCAUAGGCUCUCAUGAGCAUUUAUCAUUUUGUGCACCCAUCGAUCAAAAUAAAUAACAAUUAAAAAGUGCAAAAACUU